AAAAAACAGCUUUUCCGGGUUUACGCAGACAGGGGGUACCUGUCAUUAAAAUCAUAGCAACAAUGAACAAUAUGGUUUUCCAUGUGCUUUAGGAUCUUGUUUCUUCGAGGGAACGUCUUUUCUGUGCCGGUUAAUGAGAGGAAUUUCGAGGUCCAGCCCGUGGUCCCAGUGGCAGCCAUGCCCAUCUCCCAGCUUUGGGCAGUGGAUGUGCACGGGCGGGUCUACAGCCUGUCCACGGUGGGCCAGCAGUGGGAGCAAUGCCAUGACACUCAGAUGGAAUUUAAGCGAGUGACUGCGGCUGAGAAGUGCUGCUGGGGCAUCGCUUGUGACAACAAGAUCUACUUGAAUGUUCACGCUUCUGACGUGCACAUCCGCUUCCAGGAGGAGACUUAUGAGAAUCAACGCUGGAAUCCUGUUGAUGGUUUUUCUGACCACUUGUUGCCAAGUGACCGCUGGCAGUGGAGUGAUGUCACAGGUUUGCAGCACCAACCUCCUUCCAGUUUCCGUCUCCCUUCCAGCAGCUGGGAGUGGGAAGGUGACUGGUAUGUGGAUGAGAACUUUAAGGGGGAACCCACAGAGAAAGAGGGGUGGACAUAUUCCAUUGACUUCCCAGCUGUUUACACCAAGGACAAAAAGUGGAACUCCUGUGUCCGUCGCAGGCGAUGGCUUUGUCACAGGAGGUACAAAGCCAUGGAUUCUUGGGCUGAGAUCUCCUCACAGAUGACUUCUCUGCCAGAUCCCUUCAGUGACAUCAGCUGUGGUGGGUGGGAGAUAACUGAGGAACCCCGUGGCCUACUGUCACUGUGGGCUGUAUCGCUUCAGGGGAAGGUGUGGUUUCGAGGCGGUAUCUGCCAUCUCAAUCCUGAGGGUUCUUUGUGGCAUGACAUCUCCCUCCCUCAGGAAGUGGUCCAGAUCAGUUGUGGCCCUGGGGAACUGGUGUGGGCGGUGCUGUGGGAGGGCCAGCUGAUUGUUAGGGAGGGUGUCAAUCGAGACAGUCCCCAAGGUACCUCCUGGUCUGUGGUGGACUCUCCCAGUCCUGAUGUAGGAGUCAUGCAUGUGGCAGUAGGAGUCAAUGUUGUUUGGGCUUUGACCAAGGACAACAAAGUGUGGUUCCGGCGUGGUGUUAACUCCCACAAUCCCUGUGGCUCCGGCUGGAUAAGCAUGGUCGGAGAAAUGGUCGUGAUCAACGUGGGACUCAACGAUCAGGUGUGGGCCAUUGGUAGUGAAGACCGGGCUGUGUACUUCCGACAGGGUGUCACGGCUAGUGAACUGAGUGGGAAAACCUGGAGGGCCAUCGCUGUUCUCAGAGAUGGGGAUCGAUCUCAUUCCAGCGCCAGCAGCCAGCAGAGUGCUGGAUUUUAUUUCAAUGAGUUGCCGCCUCCAUCUGUGGUGAGCGAUGUGGAGUCUGAUACAGAAAAAGGAUCCACAGAUGAAACCAACUGUUCUAAUGCCAAGACUGAACCCUCUGAUGAGUCCACUGACACUCCAAAACCCCUCAUCCCAAAGGUCACCAGUGACAGCUUCAUCUCUCAGCUGGUUUCUGACAGAGAGCCAGUCUCUGCUGCUGUCCUACAGGAAGAGAAUAUCCCUGAGGAAGGAGAUAACAGCACUCUGAGUGUUGACGUGGUUCAGGCUGGAGGCCUUGUUGACCCCCAGUGGAGUAACGUGGAGCUGGAGGAGGCGCAGUGCCAGCAGGCCCAGACUGGAGUUUUGUCGGACUCUGCAGACACCUCCAGCCUGUCGUCUGUGGCCACGUACUCCCUAGCUAUUGAAGACCCUUAUGGAGUAGAUGAGCAUCCUCUGUGGGCGUGGGUCAGUGGAGGGGGCUGCUCUGUGGACACUCAUUCCCAAUUGAACUGGUUCCACAGCACCAUGAACACUUCAUUGUUAGCCCAGUCUGUCCAGUCCAUGAGCCUGUCUGUCACACCAGCCCAGAUGGCCGCCUGGCGGACACAAAUCUUUGAGCAGCUCAGUCAGAGGACCAAGAGAGAGGUGGAUGAAUUCCGACAUUAUGAACAAGCCAUAGAGCAGUGUGUGUGGGUAAAGAAGGGUCCCAUGCAGUGGUGGAGGGACUGGAAGCCGCACAAGUGGGUGGAUGUUCAUUUUGCACUGGAGCAGUUCUCAGGACCAGAGGGGAACAAGGAUGGAAUUAUUUUCGUCUAUUAUAACUACUAUGAGGAGAAGAAGUACCUGCAUGCCUUCAUCAACGAGGUGACGAUACUGGUGCCUGUACUCAAUAACGCCAAACACACUUUUGCCAUUUACACACCCGAGCGGAUCAAAAAGAGGUGGCCUAUUCGAGUGGCAGCUGCAACAGAACAGGAAAUGCAUGACUGGCUGGCGCUGUUGAGUGCAUCCUGCUGUGACUCCAGAGGCAUUCAGGGCCCUCCUUCCAAACAAGCCAGCUGGUCCAUCACCUGUAAAGGGGACAUCUUUGUCAGCGAGCCCACCCCCAGCCUUGAGGCGAUGCCAUACCCCACACCCUGUGACCAAAUGUUCUGGCGUCAGAUCGGAGGUCACCUGCGCAUCGUGGAGAGUAACAGUGUUGGAAUCGUGUGGGGGAUUGGUUAUGACCACAAUGCCUGGGUCUACGUCGGAGGCUUCUAUCAGGGUCUUCCCACUUGUAAUGACCACAUUUACACACAGACUGACGUCAAGAGCGUCUACAUCUAUGAGAACCAGAGGUGGAACCCUGUCACCGGCUACACCAACAGAGGUCUCCCUACUGACCGCUACAUGUGGAGCGAUGCCUCAGGACUGCACGAGUGCACAAAAAUUAACACCAAGCCUCCAUCCCCUCAAUGGGCAUGGGUGUCUGAGUGGGCCAUCGACUACAGCGUCUCUGGGGGGACGGACCGAGAGGGCUGGCAGUAUGCUGCUGAUUUCCCAGCGUGGUAUCAUGGCCAUAAAACCAUGAAGGACUUUGUGCGACGCAGGCGAUGGGCCAGGAAGUGCAAACUGACGACCUCAGCUCCGUGGCAGGAAGUCCCACCCAUUCAACUGAGUGAUGUGACCAUCCUGCCAUGCACCCCCCACAGCGGCGCGGAUGUGGUGCCCUUGUGGGCGAUCAGCAACAAGGGAGAUGUGCUGUGCCGACUGGGAGUCACUGGUCCAACACCUGCUGGAACAUCAUGGCUUCACGUGGGGACUGACCAGCCCUUUAAAUCCAUCUCCAUCGGGGCCGCAAGUCAGGUUUGGGCUAUCGCCAGGGAUGGUUCAGCCUUCUUUAGGGGAUCUGUGUUUCCUCAGACCCCUGCAGGUGAGUGUUGGUACCACAUCCCUUCCCCAACCAAACAGAAACUGCAGCAGGUGUCUGUUGGGAAGACAUCAGUCUUCACUGUUGAUGACAAUGGUAACUUGUGGUACCGGAAGGGUUUGACCCCCAGUUAUCCUCAGGGCUCCUCAUGGCAGUAUGUGUCUAAUAAUGUGCGCAAAGUUUCUGUUGGGCCUUUUGAUCAGGUUUGGAUCAUAGCAGACAAGGUGCAGGGCAGUCACAGUCUGAGUCGUGGGACAGUAUGCCAUCGCCUCGGAAUCCACCCUUUGGAGCCCAAAGGACAGUCAUGGGAUUAUGGCAUUGGGGGUGGGUGGGAGCACAUCACAGUUCGGGGGAAUGCCAUGGAGCGCCCCCAUUUCUGUCUCUCUGGCCAAGCAGACACCUCUGCCCAAGUCUCUGGGAGCCCCCAAACUGUCAGGGACGCAGAGGUCAACGACAGCGUUAAGUGAUGUUAAGACACACAUCGGCCAUGUUUUUAAAUGUCCAAGUACUAUAUCCAAACAUUCACAUUUUAUUGUGGCAUUCCUUCUUUUGUAGCUUCACCUUCAAGGCAGACAUCACUUUAUUUGCUGUUAGAAAAACUACUUGACUUUUUUUUGUUAUUUUUGCCCACCGGUCUUCAUACACAUUUCAGUAUAUACUGUACUGUGAUAUAUGUAUAGAGAUGUGUAUAGUAUUGAGUGUAUAAAAAAAAAAAAAUUCUCAGUUUCA